AGUUCGUCCAUUACGUGGAAGCGCCAUUGACAUUCAUCCAAAUGCUCGUUGGGAACAGAAUGGUGUCACUGUCGCUGGCGGAAAUGGAGAUGGCACUGGAACUAAUCAACUCAAGAAUCCAUAUGGUUUGUUUGUUGAUGAUGAACAAAUAAUUUAUGUCGCUGAUCAAGCGAAUCAUCGUAUUGUGGAAUGGAAAAGAGGUGCGACAAAUGGUCAAGUAGUUGCCGGUGGAAAUGGAGUAGGAAGCGAGGCUCAUCAAUUGGCUUAUCCACUGGAUGUGAUUGUUGACAAAGAGAUAGAUAGUCUCAUUAUCUGCGAUUAUGCGAAUAGAAGAGUGGUUCGAUGGCCUCGUCGAAAUGGGACAAGUGGAGAAACAAUCAUCUCCAACAUCGAUUGUUGGGGUUUGACAAUGGACGAGAAUGGAUCUCUCUAUAUCGCUGACUUUGGAAAAAAUGAAGUGAGACGAUAUCGAAGAGGAGAAUCGGAAGGAACAGUGGUUGCAGGUGGCAAUGGAAGUGGAUAUCGUUUCAAUCAACUCGAUGGCCCACAAUACGUAUUCGUCGAUCGAAAUCAAUCAGUCUAUAUAUCUGAUUGGAAUAAUCAUCGUGUGAUGAAAUGGAUGGAAGGUGCAACACAAGGCAUUAUCGUGGCUGGUGGUGAAGGACAAGGAAAUAGUCUUACAAAAUUGUCAUAUCCUCGAGGAGUCGUUGUCGAUCAAUUAGGCACUGUCUAUGUGACUGAGACAGGAAAUAAUCGAUUCAUGCGUUGGCCCAAAGGAGCUACAGAAGCAAGUGUCAUUGUUGGUGGAAACGGUGUAGGAGAACAAUCGAAUCAACUCUAUUGGCCCUUCGGUUUGUCAUUCGAUCGGCAUGGCAAUCUCUAUGUCGUCGAUACCAAUAAUCAUCGAGUACAAAAAUUUAACAUUGUCUCAAAUGCUUAAAACACUAUGCGAAUGCUAUUUUUUCUUUGCUGCUCAAUAAAUGCGGUUCGAUUGCUUUAUACUCUCGUUUCUACUGUAUUCACGCACGCGUGCGCAACCUCGAACUAUCUGACAACGUUCCUAGCCGGUGUUUUCGCGGCCAAUUCGGAAAACCUGAUAAGGUUUUAUAUAUGAGAAAUUUAAAAAUCUGACUCCAUGAUGACCUAGCCCUACAUAUCUCCUGUAUAAUAAAAAAAACUAUCACUUCCAUGUCGAGUCGCUAUGGAGAAAAACCUGUCCGCGUAAAUUGCAUUCACGAAAAAAUUGAUUUUGAGAAAAACAAAAAAUAAGUAUUAGAAAUCGAUUUUACCGAAAAAACACCUGAUUUAUAUAUCAGUGUUCAAGACAGACUGUAAAUAUAUGAUCUCAAUAUUAAGUUUUAAUAGUUUCAUAGUGAUUAGUAUAAAAAAUACUUUACGAAAUGUUGAUGCAAAGAGAAAGGACCCUAAAAGAUCAAAAAAAGGUGUGGGUGUGGGUGUGGGUGUGGGUGUGGGUGUGGGUGUGGGUGUGGGUGUGGGUGUAGGUAUGGGUGUGGGUGUGUAUAGUCACAUUUUCGGAACUGAAUACCCACCAACAACUGCAUUCGUACCCACACCCACACCCGCACCCCACACCCUGGUCUAGGGGUGCACCAAAUCCAAAUCCAGUCAAACCCAAAUCCUGGAUUUGACAGGAUUUGACAGGAUUUGACUAGAUUUGGAUUUGGGUUUGACUGGAUUUGACUUAGAUUUGGAUUUGAUUGGGUUUGGGUUUGACUUGGAUUUGACUAUAUAUACCUUCCACAAAGACUGCAGUUUUUCGGUAACAAAACUCGCCAAAACUGGUCAAAUCUUCGUGUCCAUUAGACGCAGUUUUCUUCGCUCUAUCCAAUGGUGGAAUUAGUUUUAGCCUACUCUUCCAAAAGGUUUCAAAAUUUGACAGAUUUUUAUGCAAAUUCUUGAUUUUUAUACACGUUUUUGACCAAACUCUGUCAAAUCUUGACACCUUUUGAAAGAGUAGACUAAAACU